AUCAGCCUACGUGCUCUGGUUUUACGGCUGACCGCGAGGCGAAGUCGCUUGCGAAAACAGACUCAAAGUCAGCUUAGCGGCGAAAUACGGGGCGGUUUGUGUUUGUUGUCACGAGGUAUGCUUUCUACACCCCCCUCCGAAAAAAAUAAAGGGGCCGAAAAGUAAACAGAAACCGAGGCAGAGGCUGGUGUCGUCUGGAGGAAUGAACAGACAGCGCUCCCGUUCGGCUAGCAUCUCCUCAUUUAACAGUCGCUUCAUUUAAAGAAACUCCGAUUUGCUUUCUGGAGAGCCCGCAAGGCAUUCAAGGAGAGGAGAGGCGAAGGUGAGCAGGCGACAAAGUUUGACAAUAACUGAGGGGGUUUUGUUUGUUUGGCUGCCACUGGAGAGACGACACGAAAAGCGAGCUGUUAGUGAGUGGCUAACGUUAGCUAGCUGGACUGGAAUGAAAAGAGGACAAAAACGUGUGUUAUAGCCAGCUUAUAAUCACCUUUACUAGUUUAUUAUAGGCUCCACUACUGUUGAAACACAUGAAACGAAGAUGGAGUUGGUGUUUUUCCGGCUCCCGGGACAUGGGAACAUGACCCUGAAGCACAUGAAUUCACUGAGAUCCCGCCAGCAUUUCUGCGACAUCACCAUCGUGGCCAGUAACAACCAGACGUUCAGGGGACAUAAGGUGGUGCUGGCUGCCUGCUCACCCUUUCUGAGAGAUCAAUUCCUCCUCAACCCAUCGUCCAGGCUUCAGGUGUCGAUGCUGUACAGCUCCACAGUGGUGUGUGAUCUGCUUCAGUCUUGCUACACUGGAAUCCUGCAGUUCAACCCAGAGGAGAUCGUAAACUACCUGACGGCUGCCAGCUACCUUCAGAUGGAGCACAUCGUAGAGCGCUGCAGAGGAGCUCUGGAGAAAUAUGUCCAGCUGAAGAACCCCAGUCAAUCUAAGACGCCCACAGAGGAAACUGAAACCAGGCCAGUGAUCGUCAGCGGCAGUGUCCAUUCAGUCGCAUCACCUCCACCUAGGCAGCCUUCCCCUGUGCACUCCCACAGCCCCGUAGUGCGCUCGGUGGAGGAGAGCAACGGCGAAUUGUCUGCUCAGGGAAGCAGUCAGCUGCAUGAUGACAGUGCUGCACUGGAUGAGGGCUUCAUUAAGGUCCAUGCAUCAGAUGAGGAUGAAGAGGCCAGACAGGAGAACUACAAUAUGUUAAGAGUGUAUAUUUCUGAAAAUGAGCACACUGACAGAGACAGGGAGGAGGAAAAAGGAGCUCCCUCUGAGGUACCUCAAGGCGCCAACUUCUCAGAGACAGAAGAAGUUGUGAUUGGAGAAAGUGGCGAGUAUGACUUGAAUCCAGCAGGUCUCAGUUCUGGAGAGUUUUCAGCAGAAAGUCUCCGCGUUCUAAGUCGAAGAAUCUCUGAGACUAAUAUUGGCCAUAGCAGAGGAAGGGGAAGGGGGAGGGGUUUAAAAAGAAAAAGGUGGGUGUCAUCUCAGGAGAAAAGACCUAUAGGCAUCACCCAACACCAGGAUCUCUGGUAUCUUACAUCUGCUGGAGGUGGCUUUGGCCUGGACUACAGCCAAGAAGGACUGAGGGCAUCAAGAAAUAUUGUCACGGUUGAGAUCCCAGAGUUGGACUUCGGCAUGGGCAGCACACAGGGGGAAAAGGUUUCACCGAUACCCGCUAACAGUCUUAACCAGUUCUCCCUGGAAGAGUCUGCUUGUGGUGCUGGUGAAGGGAGUUCAGGGUUGACGACUGUUGGAACAAACGAAGGCAGCGAUGAGUCGGUUGCCGUGGUGGGGUCUACUUCCAGCGUAGCUGGCCCUGUAAUCUGCGAGCACUGCAACAUGACUUUCCCUUCAGCCCAUUCCCUCGCAAUCCACUCCCGCUCCACUCACCUGCUCUAUGCCUGCCCCUGCUGCGGGAAGCACUUCCACCACUCUACGAACCUCACCCGGCACAUGGCCGUGCACAGAGGGGCCGGCAAAACGCACCAGUGCCCCCUGUGCUACAAGACGUUCACCCAAAAAUCCACUCUGAUAGACCACAUGAACCUCCACAGUGGCGAGCGGCCUCAUCGCUGCGCUUACUGUCACGCCCACUUUGCCCACAAGCCCGCCUUACGUCGGCACCUGAAGGAGCAGCACGGCAAAACCACGGGGCAGAACUCCCUACACGAGCAGGAGGAGAGGGAGAGAGCAAGAGGAGCAGCUGGGAGAAUACGAGAGGAGGAGCAAGAAUGUCUGGUUACUGAGUAAUAAGUCUUGUUACAGACUUCAGGCUUGACGGCUUGUUGCAGUUACAUUUGGUCUUCAUGUGAUCAGUGUCAACACAAUGUGGAAAUUAAGUGUGUGCUAAAAAAUAAAUGCCUUUACAUUCUGGCUGCCAAAUAAAAGACUUUUCACAUAUAGCUUUUUUUUUUUUUAGCAAAAAGGAAGAAAAAAAAUGUUACUUGACAUUAUAGUAAAACACUGGUAUAAAAAUAUCUGAUGGCUCUGUUUAGUUUGUGACAAUGAGUCUGCAUGAACAAUACCAGGACCCCGAAGCCAAAGCAGAGGAAAUUUUAACAGUCCAUAUUUUUUAUUAUUCACACUUGUGCUUUUCCUACUGUGUAAAGUGUUCGUUUUAACAUUGUUUUUGACUCAGAACUGCAGUCUUCAACUUGAAUAUGUUGUACGUGGAGUCAGCGCAGUGACUGACUGCAAGUCAAAGACUCUGUGAAUGAGUGUAAAUAAAACAGCUAGAGAGAAA